UGGGCGUAUCCGUAUGCAGUCGCACGCAAACAGUCGAAGAGUCCUGCGAGCAUUUUACAUUCUUAACUAGGAUAAGGAAAAUAAUUAAAUGCCGUUAUACAGGAUGACUCCUUGUCAAACCUGAGUUCAUUUUAAGCGGCUUACGUCGACUGUGCAUUAAAACGAUAUAAUGCAUAUUUCGAUUGGCAUUUUCCUCUGAGAAGAAAACCUGGUACUACUAUUAUUGUUAUAUUACACGGAUACUUUUGAUCAAGUUAAAAUGGAUUCGCUCAAGGAAUUACAUAUGCCUUUAAAGGUUUAAAUGCAAACAAGUACGCACGAAGGGUCUCUUACUGGGACUCUUAGACCUGUGCGUCGAAGCUUCUAUGACCCACGAUCGGCACCAGGCCAGGGUUGGGUUUGGGAAUGGGAAAAUGACUCAGGCUCAUGGACGCCAUAUGACACCGAUGUUAGCAUUGCCAUCCAGGCAGCCCGGGACCGGCAACAGCCCUGGCUGGACUUAACACCAUUGGGCUUCUGCUACCUCAUAGACCUGCAGAGUAUGACACAGAUCAAUGGACAGACGCAGCGCCGCCGAAGAAUCCAGAGGCGCUCAGACCUGGCUUAUCCACUUGUGUCUGGCCCUUUGCCUAAACCCCAUGCGUGGUCAUCUGCUGGAAGUGGUGGACUCUUGGGGGUGGGGGUUUCAGGAGUGAGCGGGGGAAAUGGCAGUGCCUAUCCUAGUGGAGCUCUUCCAGCUUCUGCCAUUACUUCAUUGGGUCAACCAUGUUCUUGCCAACAAUGUAUGCUAGUAUUGGGUGUCAAGACCCCUAGCAUGGCACUAACUCUGGGGCGUAAACCGCCGCCGACACCUAAGCCACCAAGCCCUAAACCACCCCCAAGGGGACAUUCUUACUCGCUAACCCUGCCUCACCCUCCUUCCCUUUCCAGAGUACUCUCCCCACAUAGAAACUCAACCUCUGGUGCCAGUGGAGGUUUCGGACACUCGCUCUCGCUCCUGGGCUCAGCCACUGCUGUCCUUUCAAUAUCCUCCAACCGCCCUCCUCCACCUGCUGUACCGCCACCCCCACCUCCUUCUGCUACACCCCACACUAAUUCCACACCCAACCCUACCGCACUUACAACCUCCAACACCCUUAUAUCUACAGUGACAACCUGCGCUCCCACGCCCUCUGCGCGGGUUUUGGGUCCCGUUUCAACAGCAUCAGCAUCGUGUGCUGCCCCAGUGCCACCUCGCAGCAGCCUGGCUGGCCUUAGCCGCCCCGCCCUGCAAAGAAUUGCCAUGGCACAGUCACGAGCACUCAUUGCAUCAGGAGUGCCCACUGUUCCGGUGAAGAAUUUAAAUGGGUCCAGUCCUGUUCACCCAGCUUUGGCAGGUAUAACUGGUAUUCUAAUGAGUGCUGCUGGACUCCCAGUCUGCUUGACCCGCCCACCCAAACUUGUGCUCCACCCUCCUCCCGUCAGCAAGAGUGACAUCAAAACUGUGCCAGGUCUUAGCCACUGCUGCCGCAAGACCACAAAGAAGCAGGCCCGCAAAGGUAGAACUUCAGAGGAAGUUGUUAGAAGAUAUCUCCAGAAGGUCCGCAACCCACCGGAGGAGGAUUGUACCAUAUGUAUGGAGUCUCUUUGUGGUCCUUCUGGCUAUAAGGGCCCAGGUGUUGGUGGCGUUUCUCGGGCAGAGUCAGUUGGACGCCUCUCUCAGUGUGGACAUCAGUACCACCUGCAGUGCCUGGUGGCAAUGUAUAACAAUGGCAAUAAGGAUGGAAGCCUGCAGUGCCCCACCUGCAAGACCAUCUAUGGUGUUAAAACAGGAAACCAGCCACCUGGCAAGAUGGAAUACCAUGUCAUUCCUCAUUCACUUCCUGGGCACCCGGACUGCAAAACCAUUCGGAUUAUAUAUAACAUACCCCCUGGCAUUCAGGGUCCUGAGCAUCCCAAUCCUGGUAAGCCCUUCACAGCACGUGGAUUUCCAAGGCACUGCUACCUCCCUGACAGUGAGAAAGGCCGCCUUGUGUUGAAGCUGUUGCUGGUUGCAUGGGACCGCCGGCUGAUCUUCUCGGUUGGCACAUCCAGUACUACAGGUGAGACAGAUACAGUCAUAUGGAAUGAGGUGCACCACAAGACCGAGUUCGGCUCCAACCUGACAGGCCAUGGUUACCCUGACUCCGGUCACCUCGACAACGUCCUAGAGGAGCUGAGGGCACAAGGCAUCACUGAGGAAGAGUGUCUGAGAGACUAAAAUCUCAACCCACAAAGACUGAAUGUUUUGUUAGUGUUGCCAAAUCUGAAUUCAAUUCCCAGCUCAUGUUUCUCAGAAUCCUGAGAGAUGUUUGAAAUGUACAAAGUUGAAGGACUCUGAAAGAUCAGUAAGUUCAUCGCAAAAAUUAUUUUAAAUGCUAAUAGGCCUCUUACUGCUUAAAAACAUUGUUUAAGCCUGUCAAGUGUGGGACAGUCAAAUGCGAGAACUGUAAUUAAUAAACAAUCUUGCACUGUG